AAUUUCCCAUUAAUCCCCUAAAAAUUCUGCAAAGAUAUUUCUGGUUGUGCCCUUUCAAUUCUGUCAUUUUGUGGUUAUUGUUUUAUGUUUACAAUUUAGUUUUUGUGUUCCUUUUACCAAUUUUGUUUACCCUUUUCAACUGAGGGUUUUGCGUCGUCCAUUUCAUUCAUAUACUCCUAUAAAGUUUACCAAUUUUGUUUGGCCAACCCCAUAUUCUCUUCCUGAGAAGGGAAACUAGAGAAGAAAAUAAAAAUCUUUUCAAACACCUUAUCACCAUAUCCUUCUACCUUCCUUGAAAAAAGUUCCUUUCUUGGGAUUUCAAUUGGGGUUUUUAUUAGUUUUUCCAAUUUAUUUGAAAUUUUUGUGUUUGAUAUUAAUUGAUUCUAUCUUUUUUAUUUGCUUUUUUAUUGAAUAGAUUCAAUUUCUUUCAUCUUCUUCUUGUAAAGGAGGAGAAAUGGAGGCUGUUCUACAAACAAGAGGCCUUCUUUCUUUACCUUCAAACCCCAAAUUAAGGGUCUUCAAAUCACCUCAAAGUAGUCUUAGACAAAGAAUUAGCACCCCAACAUCCUUGAAACCUAAUCUUCUUCAAGGGUUUAGUCUUUCAUCAAAUGGUUUUCAGAAAUUUCAUGGAGUUGUGUCAAAUUCAAAAGGGUUUGGGCAAAAUUUGAAAAAUUUUCCGAUUUGUAAGGCUGAAGCUGCUGCGGCAGCUGGUGGGCAAUCUUCAUAUGGUGAAAUUCAAUCUCCAAAGUUUUUGGGAAUUGAGCUAACCACUUAUAAGAAAAUUAUACCGCUUGGAUUGAUGUUCUUUUGUAUUCUUUUCAAUUAUACAAUUUUAAGGGAUACAAAAGACGUGUUAGUGGUAACAGCAAAAGGGUCUAGUGCAGAAAUUAUACCUUUCUUGAAAACUUGGGUUAAUUUGCCUAUGGCUGUUGGUUUUAUGGUGUUGUACACAAAAUUGGCUGAUGUUUUGCCUAGGAAAACCUUGUUUUACUCUGUGAUUCUUCCAUUUAUUGCCUUCUUUGGUGCUUUUGGGUUUGUAUUGUAUCCCAUGAGUCAUUAUUUCCACCCCACAGCACUGGCAGAUAAGCUUCUUUCUGUCCUCGGACCGCGGUUUCUUGGUCCACUUGCAAUUCUUAGGAUCUGGAGUUUCUGUUUGUUUUAUGUCAUGGCUGAGCUUUGGGGGAGUGUUGUUAUUUCUGUGCUCUUUUGGGGAUUCGCCAAUCAGAUCACGACAAUUGAUGAAGCAAAGAGAUUUUAUCCUUUGUUUGGGCUUGGAGCUAAUGUUGCCCUCAUUUUCUCUGGACGAACAGUGAAAUAUUUCUCCCAACUCAGGCAAAACUUGGGACCUGGUGUAGAUGGUUGGGCUGUCUCUCUUAAGGGAAUGAUGAGCAUUGUCGUACUUAUGGGGCUUGCUAUCUGUGGUCUUUACUGGUGGGUCAAUACAUUCGUACCACUUCCCACCCGCAGCCAGAAGAAGAAGGAGAAGGUCAAAAUGGGAACAAUGGAGAGCUUGAAAUUCUUGGUCUCCCAGAAGUACAUCAGGGAUCUCGCUACCGUUGUCGUUGCUUACGGUAUCAGUAUCAAUCUUGUUGAGGUCACAUGGAAGUCAAAGCUCAAGGCUCAGUUCCCGAGCCCGAACGAAUAUUCUUCUUUCAUGGGUGAUUUCUCAACGGCAACCGGGAUAAUGACCUUCGCAAUGAUGCUUGCAAGCCAGUUCAUAUUCGACAAGUUUGGUUGGGGAGUUGCUGCUGCCAUUACACCUUCAGUUCUUUUGCUCUCGGGAGUUGGUUUCUUCUCAUUGAUUUUGUUUGGUGAUCCACUUGCGCCUGUAAUUGGAAAGUUGGGAAUGACACCUCUUCUAGCAGCAGUUUAUGUGGGUGCCUUACAAAAUAUUUUCAGCAAAAGUGCGAAGUACAGUUUAUUUGAUCCUUGCAAAGAAAUGGCUUACAUUCCUUUGGAUGAGGACACUAAGGUCAAGGGGAAGGCAGCUAUCGAUGUUGUUUGCAACCCCCUUGGAAAAUCAGGAGGUGCUCUAAUCCAGCAAUUCAUGAUCUUAACCUUCGGAUCACUAGCCAACUCUACUCCUUACCUCGGUGGAAUUCUAUUGGUGAUUGUAACUGCAUGGCUAGCAGCCGCCAGGUCAUUAGACAAACAGUUCACCGAGUUGCGCAAAGAGGAAGAGCUCGAAAAAGAAUUGGAGAGAGCUGCCGUUAAGAUCCCAAUUGUGUCCGACAACAGCAAUGAAAACGGUUCUCUUACCACCGGAUCCGACUUGAAUCCAGCAGGCGACUUACCGAGCGGUUCAUCCGAGAGGCUCAAGUCUCAGUAAGAAGUUUAGUCAUUUAGCUUAUUCUUUCGUCAAUGCGAAAAGCACAAGAAAGUAAAGGAAAUCAUUUGCUUGUGGGUUUUGUAAUGGGAUCUGAAAUAAUCCUACCAGCUGGAAAAAUGCUGAGAUUGCCUAGAUAGGUAGAUUGAAUAGAUGGUUAAAAACUGUUCUUGAAAUGUAUUGCAAUUUGCAGAAGAUUUUUGAUUUUGUUGUAUUUGAUGAUCAUAAUCCUAUUUUGUCUGUUCAGGAUCUA